ACACUUCGGUUUGAUGACCAGGUGUGAGUUUGGUUCACUGAUUCACCUUGUUUCUCGUCAUUUCCAGGACCCCACUGGGGACUCCAGAGUGCCCAGGGCAGAAGCAGACCAGGAACUGGAACAGCUGAAGACCCAGGUGGCCUAUCUCCAAGCUGAAAAGGCAGAUCUGCUGGGGAUUGUGUCAGAACUCCAGCUCAAGCUGAACUCGGGUGGCCCCCCUGAAGACUCCUUUGUUGAAAUCAGGAUAGCUGAAGGAGAAGCAGAUGUGGCAGUGAGAGAAAUCAAGACGAGUCCUGGGCCCGCAAGAACUGAUUCCAUUGACACGAACAAAUCUACAGAAAGCUCCAGGAAUUAUUUGGAAUUUGAGAAAUUAACUGUGAGCCAGCUCCUUCUUUGUCUAAGGGAAGAAAGCCAGAAGGCGGAGAAGCUUGAAACUGCACUCAAGGAAGCCAACAAAAGGUCUUAA